AUGGCACUUCUGAUUGGCUACUUAUAUCAUCAAAUCAAGGCAAUCGAGGACCGUUUAUUGCGAACAUGGUGGGGUACAAAAAGGGUUGGUUAUAUAGCUGUGGAAGAUGUUAACGAAGAGUUUGUGCCAUAUGUAAAAGCCAAAGGUGUUGAAUUGUGGGAUCUGCCACAUGUUGUUCCACGCCAUGUGUCAAACGAAUUGCUUCAGAGAAAUAGACGAGAAAGAGCACCGCUUUCAGACAAAAUGCCAAGAUCUUAG